AUGGGCUUCUUCGUUAUCCGACUCGUCGGUCGCCACCUCAGUGUCGUCCAACCUGCUCGCAAUCAUUGCAAGAAUGCUGUUGGUGCCGCCCCGCACCCUGCGCACCAAGGAUCCACAACGUUUGCGCAUUGUGGCGUAAAAACAGUCAACACGCGCAUCCGCGAACAUCCCCAAUGCGAUAUAAAAGCUGGGCAACCCCAUCAGCACUCUGAAUGCGUUGUUAUAUUGUACACGGAGAGCGUUAUAAGAUUUUUGAGAGUAUUUGGCCCACAGGCUACACGUGUAGAAACUAGUUGUGAACAACCUAACACUGAAGAUGAACCUUUCAAAAAAACUUUAAAAAAUUGUGAUCCCUCUACUUUACCUCCGUGCAAAGCUGAAUUACAACAACAUCUUUUAAGAACGCAAUAUAUAACGAGUAUUUGGAGAAAUGCAUAUUUGCGAUUCCCCAGCAGUUUGACACCGAAUAGAAACGGAUGGACACUUCAUGAGGAUACGCUACAUUUCCACUGGUUCGACGGAGAUUGUAUGCCGCAAUCAGUAUUCGACGCUAUUGUUCAUGAAAACAAUAAACAAAAUAAUAUUGGAAAUGAUACUACAGAUAAUGCAGGGGUAUCCGAAUUAGACACAGAUGAAUCUGAAGUUGAUUCUGAUAGCUCUGAUGAAGGAGCAUCUACAGAAGAAGAAUGACAAUUUCUUUCUGAUAUGACAGGGAAUUAAUUACAUUGAUAUUUGUAUA